AUGUAUCUGGAGCUACUCACACUCUUCAGCUCUUUUGCUGUAGGCAAGCUCAUUGAUGUACCAGAUAGCACAAAGGAGCCAGAAGAAGUGAAUUAUGUUGCCCAUGCAGCAACUAUCGUGCCAUUUCCAGGGCAACCAACUUUACUUGCCUUCUUGGACUUUUUGACAGCCGUGUUCCUCCCAUAUUCCGGCCUUUGGAGAGGCGCCAGCUUGAUAUGGCGGUCUUUAUUAUUUUCCGGCACACGCUGGAAUCGGGUCUGGAAUCAGCCAGGAGUCAGGGCCAAAUGGAAGGAAUUCACAAGGCGCAACCCACUUGAAGAUGCAGCUCGAGCUGGCGCUCUUGCAGUCAUUGUUCGCUCCUACGUGAAAUGGUUUCCACGGCCUAACGAGGUAGUGAAAUGCAGCACUGCGAGCCUCACACGUAUACAUAAUCCCCAGCAACGCCAUGGCUCAGGGGUGGGGGAGGAACUGCCAAUGACUCAAGGGUCAACAGUUAGCAACGGUGGCUCGUCAACGACACUAACCACCCAAAGCCGCGGCAGCUCUUGCAAUAGAGGACUGGGGACGCCUAUUCUGCCGAAGGAAAUGAUUGAAUCGCCAAUAGUAGACCCAGGUUUUGGCGAAAUGCGCAAAGUGCACGGAUUAGUGCAUCUUCCAAAUGAAUAUACCGUCGCCAUUUUGCCAUUCGACGCUAAGGUCGAAUUUAAUGGCACGGGAGAUCAGUAUCGAUCUUACUUCGCAGCCUCUCAAGCACCCAUUCCUCGCACUUAUCAACGGAGUAUCCUUUCGUCAAAUUACAACGUGCCGAGAACUCUAAUCGCUAUCGUGCAAGUGUUUUUCGCAAUAUAUUCAUUGACCACACCUUCCAACAUGGCUCAAAUUCGCAAGUAUGGGUUCGCAUCAUUUAGCUUGACAGUGCUUCCUUAUUUGGUUAUGUCUUUGACCAAUUUAUUUGCAAGCCUGAUUACCCCAAGCUAUCCGGCUUUGUAUCUGGUGAGAUCAGAGGAAAUGGACGAAGCUGAGAGGCGUGGCGCGAGAUUCGACGGUGUGAUCGGGUCGCUCGACCAGAGUGUGACUUCCGACGACGUUUUUACAGCCACCUACACAAAUUCUGGUGUCAAGUUUGACUUACCGGGCGGUAAUGCUAUUGAUGAGUCUGGAGGAGCGGAAUACGAAUUUCGUCCUUUUUCAUGCAGUCCCUUUGAAACGUCAGAUGACAGAGAACCCGUCAACAAACAUCAAGUCCUAUUUGGGGCCCUUACAGGAUUCAAAGGCAAGGAGAGCUCCACCCUCGAUCAGAUAUCGAUGAUGUUAUGGUUUGGCUUCGACUGCAUUUACGGUCUUGGUGUCCCAAAAUUACGGCAACUUCUUCUCCGAAGGUUUUUAAAGAUGAGCAAUCCUGGGUCUUUGCCCUUUGACAGGGACUCAGAUUUUGACAGGGACCCAGACUUCCACGGAAGAUACAAGAAGUCUGCUAAUUGGUAUGCUGUUUUUGCGUUCAUCAUUGUUUUCGUUUUCUGUGGUCCUUCGUCUCCAGCCGACUGGCUCGGAGUGAGCUGGCGUCAAGCUCACUCUGAAGCCCACGAGACUUUGUCUGGAAUCGAUCGCUUUCGCUGCGUGCGUCGUCCAGCCGGACACGAGUACGCUCGAGCUCAACCCGCAGCUCGCGGUUCGCGCAAGUUGGCGGAUCUUUGCUUUAAAUGA